AUGGCGUCGAACGGGGAGGCGGAUCGGCAGGCGCCGCCGGAGGAGGAGGAGAUCGUAGUGGAGAUGCCCGUCAAGCCGGCGCCGCCGCCGCCGCCGGUGAAAGCUUCACCGGCGGGCGCCGGGGCCGGGGCGGGGGCGUCGUCGUGGGAGACGGCGGCGCUGCCGCUGAGCAUGGUGGUGGUGCAGGCGUUCACGGUGGUGAUGCUGCUCCUCUCGAAGCUGGCGCUCAACACCGGCAUGCGCCCCUGCGUCCUCAUCGUCUACCGCAACCUCGUCGCCACCGCCGCCGUCGCUCCACUCGCCUUCUUCUUCGAGAGGGAAAUGUGGAAGAAACUGAACUUGGCUGUGUUGGGUUGGAUUUCCUUAAAUGCUACAUUUGCAGUUGUGUUGGCCAUGGGGCUGUACUACUACGGCCUGCAGGUCACAAGCGCCGCGUACUCCGUCGACUUCCUGAACCUGAUCCCAAUCGUGACCUUCGUCAUCGCCAUCUUGGUCAGAGCCGAGAAGGUGGCGCUGGGGAAGUGGCCUGGCAGGCUGAAGAUCCUGGGCGCUCUGACGUGCGUGGGCGGGACGAUGAUCGUUAGCCUGCUCAAAGGCCAUCUUCUGCACCUGUGGCCUACGCACCUGCUGAAUACCUCCCACGCCGAUGCGCCGGCGAGCGGUGGCCAUCACCAUGACAUGCUCACCGGCACACUGUUCCUGUGCGGCAGCUGCCUGAGCUACGCCCUGUGGUUCAUCGUACAGGCAAGGCUUGGGAAGGUGUUUCCAUCAAGGUACUGGGGGACGAUGCUGACGUGCCUGUCAGGAAGCAUACAGGCCUUCAUCAUCAGCGUGUUCCUCAGCCAUGACAGGGCAGACUGGAGACUCAAGUGGGACCUGCAGCUUCUGACGGUCGUCUACUCGGGUGUGUUCAACACGGGCAUCACCUUCGUCCUCAUCUCAUGGGCGGUGAGCCGUCGCGGGCCAAUCUACCCUUCCAUGUUCAACUCACUGUCACUGAUCAUCACCACGGUGAUGGACUCGCUCCUGCUCGGCACCAAAAUCUACGUUGGAGGGGUGGUGGGAGCGCUGCUGAUCAUCGUGGGGCUGUACGCGUUCCUAUGGGGGAAAGGCAAGGAGCUGCAGGCUGCGGCGGUGGAAAAGAAGAAGCUGAAGCAAGAGCAGGAAGAGGAGGAGCAGAGGUGGGGCGAAAGCGAGAUGACCUAG